CCCGCGCCGCGCCCUCACCGCCGCCUGCCGCCGCGGAGGCCCGGCCGAACCCCGGUCCCCGAACGCCGUCGGCUCGGCUCCCGGCCCCCGUUCUUUCUUCCCGCCGCCCCGACUCGCCAGCCGGAGAGCAGGAACACGGUCAUCUAGAAGACCCCUACUUCAUUCAGUGAGAGGAGCGGGAGAGAUUUAUUCUGGAUCGUAGAACAAAAGGAAGAAUAUUGAUGGAUUUUAAACUGCAGUUUUUAAAGCACUUGAGAAUACUGAGGAAAUAACUUCUUCACCUGCACUGUGUAUAUAGGUUAAGGUGGUUUCUGAUGCAGCUGAGAAAAAUGCAGAGCAUCAAGAAGGAGCAGGCAUCUCUUGAUGCUGGUAGCAGCGUGGACAAGAUGAUGGUGCUUAACUCUGCCUUGACCGAAGUCUCCGAAGACUUGACGACAGGGGAAGAGCUCCUUCUCAAUGAAGGAAGUGUGGGGAAAAACAAGUCCUCAGCAUGUCGGAGGAAACGGGAAUUCAUUCCCGACGAGAAGAAAGAUGCCAUGUAUUGGGAAAAGAGGCGGAAAAAUAAUGAAGCCGCCAAGAGGUCCCGGGAGAAGCGUCGACUGAAUGACCUGGUUUUGGAGAACAAACUCAUUGCACUGGGGGAAGAAAAUGCCACUUUAAAAGCUGAACUGCUUUCCCUAAAAUUAAAGUUUGGUUUAAUUAGCUCAACAGCCUACGCCCAGGAGAUUCAGAAACUCAGUAAUUCUACAGCUGUGUACUUUCAAGACUACCAGACUUCCAAAUCCACUGUGAGCGCCUUUGUGGAUGAGCAUGAGCCCUCGAUGGUGGCUAGCAGUUGCAUUUCUGUCAUCAAGCACUCUCCUCAGAGUUCUCUGUCUGAUGUUUCAGAAGUAUCCUCGCUAGAACAUUCACAGGAGGGCCCUGCGCAGAGUGGCUGCAGAAGCCCAGAAAGCAAAUUCCAGGUCAUCAAGCAAGAGCCGAUGGAACUGGAGAGCUAUGCCAGGGAGCCCAGAGAUGACCGGGGUGCCUACCGAGGGGCUGUGUAUCAGAACUACAUGGGGAAUUCCUUUCCCGGAUACUCGCACUCUCCCCCUCUGCUGCAGGUCAACCGGUCCUCCAGUAACUCUCCGAGGACAUCGGAAACUGAUGAAGGUGCAGUAGGAAAGUCAUCCGACGGAGAAGAUGAGCAGCAGGUUCCCAAGGGCCCGAUCCACUCUCCCGUUGAACUUCAGCGUGUCCACGCUACAGUGGUUAAAGUUCCAGAAGUGAAUUCCUCUGCUUUGCCACACAAGCUUCGGAUUAAAGCCAAAGCCAUGCAGAUAAAAGUGGAAGCCUUCGAUCAUGAGUUUGAUGGCACGCAAAAACUUUCCUCGCCUGUUGACAUGACGUCUAAGAGACAUUUUGAACUCGAGAAGCAUACCACCCCCAACCUGGUACAUUCUUCUCUCACUCCCUUUUCAGUCCAAGUGACUAACAUUCAAGAUUGGUCUCUCAAAUCUGAACACUGGCAUCAAAAAGAACUUAAUGGCAAAACUCAGAGUAGUUUCAAAACUGGAGUGGUGGAAGUGAAAGACAGUGGUUACAAAGUCUCUGACCCAGAGAAUUUGUUUGUGAAGCAGGGGAUAGCAAACUUGUCUGCAGAGGUGGUCUCACUUAAAAGACUUAUAGCCACACACCAAAUCUCUGCUUCAGACUCUGGGUAAAAUUACUACUGAACAAGCUCUGGGCCUUUAGAGAUGCAUUUGCAAUAGAUGAGUACGUUUUGUAUUAGGCUGAAUUUUCACUGGACCUGUGAUGUCAUUUCACUGUAUAACGUUCACAUGUUGUCUGUUGGGUGUCUUUUUGUGCACAAAUUAUUAUGAAGAUUAGACUGUGUUAUCACUCUGCCUUGUGUAUAGUCAAAUAGUCCAUCGCACAGGCUGUAUAUAUUGAACAUUAUUUUUGUUGUUCUAUUAUAAAGUGUGUAAGUUACCAGUUUCAAUAAAGGAUUGGUGACAAACACAGAA